GUGGAUUUUGGGUUAAAUCGUGGGUGGUAUUUAAUUUCACCUUCAUUUCAUCAUUACUAAUAUUGUACGGCCAUCUCGCCGAGCAUUAUACCGUGGAGAUAGUUCCACGGUGUUUUUCGGUGAGGUAUAUUGCCGGUUUAAGUGUAGUCCUUUAGUGUUACUCAGUAGGGUUUAGUUUUGGCCCGCUCGCUGAAGCUGUUCACCGUGGAGAUAAUUCCGCGGUGUUUUUUCGGUGAGGUUUAGGGUUUCAGUAUUUACCUGUCAGGCACUUAGUAAGCUAUUAGGAAACUAAGUAGGGUAUUAUUAAGUAAGCAAGAAGGAAAGAUUGUAUGUGUAUUUAAUUUUAUCGUUUGGUUAUAUAAUCGUUGCUGAUUUGAAGCCGGUUAUGACCUCGGAGAGGGUUAAAGUGAAUUAUGGGACUGAGGAGACUUUACUGGCCGUUGUGGAUAGAACUAAGUCCCACAAGAUUUUUAGUUGGAGGGAGCAAUGUGGGAGUUUAACUGAGGAGUUAUUUUUGCAGUGUCCCCGUCUCCAUGAAGCCAAGGAGCUGGUACAUUUAUUUGAUUUUGAGCCUUAUCGGGUGGAUCAGGCUGAGCAGGCACAGGGGGUGGGGGAGGGGACUGGGCAAACCUUGACUGCACAAACCCAGUCUGUCCAGAGUCCGGGUCCCGUUCCUUAUGGGCAUACAGUGUACCCCCCAUUUUCGGGUGAAGGCCCAGCUGGGCCUAUAUCCGGGUCUGCGCCCUCCCCAGCCAGGCCCUCCGCCGACUAUCGGCUUAGGGAUGAUAGCAGUGUACCCUCCAGGGAACCCCCACGUAGGGAUUAUCCCUCUCCUAGGGAUUUCCCUCCUAAUAAUCAUGGUCCAUCUUCCAGGGAACCCCCCCGUAGGGAUUAUUAUUAUCCCCCGUCUAGAGAAUCCCCUUCUAGUAAUUGUGGUCCGCCUUCCAGGGAACCCCCACGUAGGGAUUAUGUAUAUCCCCCUUCUGGGGAAUCCCGACCUGACAUUCAGUAUCCUCCCAGGGAAUCCUCACCUGGGGGUCAGGGAGAGUACCGGUCGCAGGGGCGCCGGGAUUGGCCCCCCCGUCUGCCGAGGUCACUUAAUUACGAUGGGCGAACAAGUUGGCAUUCCUUUCUCAGGAAGUUCACCAGUUAUGCUGUAUCGUGUCAGUGGAGUCCAAGCGAGUGUUUGGAUGCGCUAGGCUGGUGUUUGGAGGGGUCGGCCUCAGAUUGUUUUUCGAACCUUAGGGAUAUGGGCACUAAUUCUUAUUACCAUAUGUUAACAGCGAUGGGGCGUCGGUUUGGGGCUACCCGAUUUCCGGAGGAGGCCAUAGCCGAAUUUCGAACGGCUCGCCAACUCCCGGAGGAGUCUCUUCUUGGGUGGUCCGAUCGGCUCCAAGCUUUGUCCUUUGAAGCUUUUGGGUGGGACCAACGGGGUGACAGCACUCAAAUGGUAUUGCAGUUAUGCCAGGGUUGUACGGAUAAGGCGGCGGGUUUAACAGCUCUCAAUACGCGCCCGAAGUCCGUCGAGGAGGCCCUGGAAGCCAUCAGGUGGGCGCAACAUACCCAACGUGUUGUUUAUGGGAGCGAGGCUCGCCGUACGUAUUCGGCUUCUCGGCAGCAGGUGCAGCAGACUUGCAUGUACGAUCAGGAGGUGGACAGGUAUGAUACGGUAAUUUAUCAUCAUAGGCAACCCCAUCCCCUAAAUCGUUCCCCAACAGUUUCCAAAGGUCAAGAUGUUCCCCGUCCGGCUCCCGUGGAGGACCGGGGGAAGGUCACAACGCCUUUUGAAGUUCAGGCCAGGAAUGACAUUGGCUAUUUAAAAGAGGAAGUCGCCAGUCUUAAGACGCAUGCGUACAAUACCGAUUGUAUGCUAGAAGAAAUACUGAAGACUGUUAAGUCUUUGGAGUUUUCUAUGCUUUCCAAUGCCCGCCCUCUAUCUCCCGUGGCUACUGGUGUUCCGGAAAACCUGGAGGGAUCGGAGAGCGAGGCCGAUCUCCGAUCUGGAAACCGAGAGGCCUACAAUCGGUAAAUACUGGGGUAGUUAAUGUUAGUGACCCGCCUGACUCUUCGGUCGGUCCCUUGGACAAGGUAGUUAAUGUUAGUGACCCGCCUGACUCUUCGGUCGGUCCCUUUGUCAAGGUAAAUAAUGUUAGUGACCCGCCUGACUCUUCGGUCGGUCCCUUUGUCCAGGUAGUCGCUAGGACGGCCGUGGUGCCUCCUUCUAGUGGGAAGCGGGUAGGAUGUAAGGUUGUUGGGAGUCCAGGGCUCCAGAGUAAGGACCUUUCCCUUUUCCAGCCCACCCACAGGCUCCCAUUUUGGAUUCCUCGGAUCGUGUUUGAUCGGGGGAAAUAACAUGUUAAGUAUAUAUAUUAUGGUUCAUUAUCAAAGCCAUUCACAACAGCUCGUCCGCGAGGACAUGGUGCCGGUUCCUGUUCCUGGGAAAUAACAUGUUUGUCUUAAAUAUA